UCACACUCCAUCGACAUUUCUUUGCAACAUGAACAAUCUUAAGCCGAAUCCCUUCGAGAUUCCAGAAAUCCUCUUACUCAUUGCCGAACUUCUCGACCAAGAGGACAUUUUAAACUGUAUCUGCGCCUCCAAGGCUUUCCAUAGGGCUUUUAUCAGUCUCAUAUGGAGGAAAAUCACUGUCGGACAGGAAAGAGAUCCCGACAGUAAAGCAGUACAGAAGCACAAGGAAUACAUUGAACAGAUCACAUUUGAAAGCUACAAGUUUAACGACUCAUUCCCAGAGAAGUAUGAGUCGCUACAGAGGCUUCAGUCCAUCGCAUACACAUGGUGGUGUUCAUGGCCCACACCAAUCCACCUUAUCAACCAAAUCAAGGCUCACAGCUCCAUCAUCACCAUUCUUCACUUGACCAAACAUAUUGAGUAUCCGCCAGUGUUCUGGAAGGCUUUGCUAGAAUGCCCUAGCCUCAACCACUUAGUGGUUCAUAACAAAGAUAUCGAUGUUGCAGUCGAUCCAUUCCUUCAAGUCUGCAGGAGACUUUGGCACUUGGAAUUGAGGUAUGUAGCCAUUCGCCAGCUACCUAUCAGCUUUCUAAGUGGCGAGAACAGCGAGUAUAUUUUCCCAAAUAUACACACACUGUAUAUUGAGUAUGUCCGGAUAGUCGACCCUCCGCAUCCGUACAGUAACUGGUAUUGUCUUGGGAUGUUUGUAAGAAAUUGUCCAGCAUUGUGUUCAUUGCGCUUUGGGGGUGAGAACCAAGAUAGAGAAGACUUCUACAAGAUAGCGCUCCUUCAGCAUCCUUGGACUCUGAAUAAGCUGUCGGAUCUAUGUACCCAUAUCACAAUCGAGGAUGAAGAUAUAGCAGCGCUUCUCAGACGGAUGACUGAAUUAAAACGGCUACACCUCUCUACAUGUAAAUUUGGCCAGUUUUCUUUACAGGAGCUGCUAGCUGACAGGCAAGAGGUGGUGGAUAAUGGACAACUAGUACGAAAGACAAGGCUUCGGAGGCUCUGUGAGACAGUUGAGACGUUGAUGUUUGGAACAAAUAACGGUAUUGGCGGCCAGACUAUUUUAUCAAAUUGUCCACGACUAAAAACACUGGAUGGAUUUAUAAUUACAGUAUCAGAGAUUGUCGAUGGAGCAGAAUGGGUUUGUACUGGAUUGACUCGCUUGAUUAUCUAUCUUAAGGCAGACAUUGAUCAAGAGACUGAAGAAGGCAUGGCAAAGGCCCGUAUUGCGUUUAGACAACUAGACAAAUUGACUCAGCUUGAAUAUCUUAUGCUAACAGGGUGGGGCCCAAAGAAUUUACGUAGACGGACACUGGACAUGAGACUAAGAGCAGGUCUGAAUGAACUAGCCAACCUGAAGAGACUAGAUACGCUAAGGGUUGAAAGUGAUAGUCACCAGCAAAUGCAGCUUGAGGAUGCGAAAUGGAUGGUGAGCAACUGGCCAAGUAUCAGAAGUGUGAGUGGUGUUCUGAACGAUGAGAAAGAUGCAGCUGCUUUACUGAAAGAGUUCUUUGAAUCGCAUAACAUAUCCAAUAAGUAAUGGAUUAUAGAGGAAAGUAUUAUCAGAUCAUACUCUGAUAUAGAGAUGGAGAUCUUACACAUGGGCCUUUUAGUGCAUUUCUACUUCCUGACAAUCGCUAUACGAUCUAAAUGAUAAUGAUGGUAUAAGAACCACCACAGCAAUAAAAAUAUGUACAGAGCAUUGCAUCGCAGAAACUACC